CACCAGAAGCUCUUCUGCCUUACCUGCCACUUUCAGCCAAACCCGCGUAGCGGUAGAGUUAGUCAUCUGCUGGGACGGACAGGAAGGAGCAUCCUGAGCUGGUUAUCGUUACGCUAUGGACAGCGAGGGAAGGAAAGUGGUGGUGUGUGACAAUGGGACCGGAUUUGUCAAGUGUGGUUUUGCAGGAUCAAACUUCCCUGAACACAUCUUCCCCGCCAUGGUGGGUCGACCAAUCAUCCGAUCAACCGCAAAAGUGGGCAACAUCGAGAUAAAGGACCUGAUGGUGGGAGACGAGGCCAGUGAAUGUCGCUCUCUGCUGGAAGUGUCCUACCCCAUGGAAAACGGGAUGGUGCGGAACUGGGAAGACAUGCGGCAUCUGUGGGACCAUACCUUUGGACCCAACUGUCUGAACAUCAAUCCACCUGACUGCAAGAUCUUGCUGACUGAGCCGCCUAUGAACCCGAUCAAAAACCGUGAGAAGAUCACAGAGGUCAUGUUUGAGACGUACAAGUUUCACGGGAUCUACGUGGCCAUUCAGGCGGUGCUCACCUUAUACGCUCAGGGGUUGCUGACCGGCGUGGUUGUGGACUCGGGGGACGGCGUCACCCACAUCUGUCCCGUAUAUGAGGGUUUCUCUUUACCCCACCUCACUCGCAGGCUGGACAUUGCGGGACGUGACAUCACACGCUACCUCAUCAAGCUGCUGCUGCUCCGCGGCUACGCCUUCAACCACACGGCUGACUUUGAGACGGUGCGCAUGCUGAAGGAGAAGCUCUGCUACGUAGGAUACAACAUAGAGCAGGAGCAGCGCCUUGCCACGGAGACCACCUACCUGGUGGAGACGUACACGCUUCCUGAUGGCCAACAGGUGAAGGUGGGUGGAGAGCGGUUUGGGGCGCCUGAAGCCCUUUUCCAGCCUCACCUCAUUAACAUGGAGGGAGCAGGCGUGGCCGAGCUACUCUUCAACACCAUCCAAGCUGCAGAUAUCGACCUCAGGGCAGAUUUCUAUAAGCACAUAGUGCUGUCAGGGGGGAGCACCAUGUAUCCCGGCCUCCCAUCCAGACUAGAGAGAGAGAUCAAGCAGCUGUACCUGGAGAGGGUGCUGGACGGAGACACCCAGAAACUUUCAAAGUUUAAGAUCAGGAUUGAGGAUCCUCCCAGGCGUAACUACAUGGUGUUCCUGGGGGGCGCUGUCCUGGCCAACAUCAUGAAAAAUAAAGACACCUUCUGGUUGAGCAGGGCAGAAUACCUGGAGAAAGGCCUGGGAGUGCUGCAAAAACUGGGAGGCGGAGUCAGAUAAAAAAAAAAAAACGUCAUGCAAACGUUGCAUUUUGGAGUAACACGCAUUUGCCAUGAUUAUAAAUGAUGUGGAGGCUUAUAAGACACAGCAGCAUAUAUUAUACACAGUGCAGUGCUUUGAAAUGCGAUCUACACUACAGAGGCUAUGAAGUGUCAAAAACAACACUGAACGAACACACACCAAAAUUUCAGAAAACAUUAACCAAACAAAAAAGAAAAACACGAUACUUCAGAAAACACUUUAACCAAACUCGCAAAUAAAGAUAUAAUUCUUUAAAUCACAUUAACCAAACAAAGAAACAAACAAAAAAAUAAAAUUUGAAAACACACCAACCACCUCUUGGGGUGGGUAGAUUACUUCAUAAAGCAUCAUCCCAAUUAAAAGCAAAAGAAAAUUUCAGAGAAUAUAUCAACCAAACAGACCAGUAAAACAUUAACCCCGCCCCCUGCCUAACAAAAUGAAAACCCCACAACAUUUUGGAAAAGACACCGAGCAAACAAAAACAAGUCAGAAAACAUGGCAGUGUGUAGAAGUUAGAUAAAGAUUUCUAUGAGUUUUUCUAUCUUUAAUCCCUUUGAUGAAAUGUUUUGCUGAAGUUAACCUAAAUAUCAAUGUUUUCAGAUGUGACAAUGUAUUUUGUAAAAUCUCGGUUUAUUUUCCAUUUGUGAAAUAGUAAUGUUUUCUGUUUUAUUGAUGUGUUUUCUGAAUUAUUUCCUUGUGUUUUCAUUUAAUGUUGUGUUUUGCACUUCAGGGCCACCACUGUUCUGCUAAACAACAUACAGUAUUAUAAACAAUGGUUUUAUACUGUA